GUUGACUGACAGAAAUGGCGUAGUGUUUUUCUCUCAGUGUUGGCAAAGAAAUAUUGGACAGUAGCUGUUCUCAUGUGACGAAAUUGUUGAUAAUUGCACGGGAGGACACAUUGUUUAUGUUCUGCAAUACCCACGUUUCAAAAUGUCAGAAGAUUCUAGCUUAGCGCCUGGAGCAGAUGUGCGAUUAUGUGGGCGAAUUGACAGACCUGUGACUCAAGAAGUUGUGCAUCAAAUGCAAGCACUGCCACCCCAACCUAAUGUAGAGACUGAUAGCUCCAGUUCCCGUUCUUCCACUCCAGGGGAAGACAGUUCACAGGCACCUUUGUCACGACCUAUGCGGUCAAGGAGCAUACAAGAGUCAUCUGAGAGAGACCUGGAACUAUCGACAGCUCGUCCAGUAAAGGCUGAAACGUUUUGUGAUUGUUUGCGGUUAGGAAAGGAGAAGGAUUGUCGAUGUGGAGAAGACGAUCGCUAUUUUGAAUGGAACUGGGAUGAUGACUCCAAAUCGUCAGCCACAAUUCUCCGUGCCGACAAUCGGGAGGUAGUGUUUCACAUGGACUACAGCUGUGGCACAGCGGCGGUCCGCGGGUCACAAUCCAUGAGAGAUGAUCAGUAUUUCUGGGAAGUCAAAAUGACAACACCUGUCUAUGGAACAGACAUGAUGGUGGGUGUCGGUACUCAACACACGGACCUGGACAAGUACAAGCAUAUAUUCUGCAGUCUGAUUGGUCGAGAUGGCGAGAGUUGGGGUCUCUCCUACUGUGGAAGUAUACACCACAAGAGUCUGAAGAAAGCCUACGCUUCCAAGUUUGGCCAGGGAUCCAUCAUUGGUGUACAUCUGGACAUGUGGCACGGAAUGCUGUCUUUCUACAAAAACAGAAAACCUUUGGGAGUUGCAUUUAGAGGGCUUCAAGGAAAGACGCUGUUUCCUAUGGUAUCGUCUACUGCAGCCCGGAGUGGCAUGAAAGUCGUCACGUGUCGCUCGUUCCGGACGUCGCUCCAGUUCAUGUGUUGCCAGGUGUUGAGGAGACUGAUCCCGAACCACCUGAAUGUCCUCGAGGCGCUCCCCCUUCCACCAGGCCUGUGUGCAUUCCUGGAGAACAAUAUGGGCUGGUUGUUACAGUCCUGUUUUGGUCCUCAGUGUGGUCCCAAAGGAGGACAGAAACGGUCCCGGGACGAUAUGGAGAAUGAUUCUGAUAAGGAAGCUAGUCCACCUGCUGUCAAACGGACCCGAGUUGAAGCCAGUCAGUCCUGACAGCAGCUCUCUGUAUUAAAAACUUUGGCAGCAUUUUUGACUGAUGUCUUUACAAAUGUUGUUGAUCCUGCUAUAACAAUUUUAUUCCAGGGUUCGUUUUGUGUGAUUGAUAGUCAGAUGGGAACACAAUUCUUCUGUCACAGAGAUUACUCAAAGAUUACAAAUUAUGUGCUGUUUUCGGGCGAAUUUUGAAAAAUCUUGCUUUCAUUUUGAAAAUAAUGGGAUUUUAAUCAAUAUUUUCCUGAAUUCAUAGGUACAUCUACACUAGGAGCUCAGAGGUUCAUACUCUCAACCACUGGUUUUCCGUGUUCCAGAUUCAUUUAAAAACUGUUGAAUAUCUGGGAUAUACCUAGGAUACUAAACUAAGUGUAGUUUCAAGCAAAUAGGGAAAAAUUGUUUUGGUAUUGGAUAUUUUUCAGUUUCUAACUUUUUCAUGUUUUGAUGUACAUUAACACAGUGUUUAAUGCAUUAACAUUAAUGAAAACCUCUUUCUCUCUGUUGCCCCUGUUAUCUUGAAAUGCAAGUCCCCUUGUAAAGUUAUGACAGUAGCGGUAACCACAACAGCAUGAACUGGAAAAAGCUUCAUUCCUAUUUUGGAAUUUUUGCAUGUCGGUACAUUAAUUUACAGAUUUGGGGCCAUGUUUCAGCCCCUGAGGAGGUCUAUAUAGAUCCCUGUGUUAAAUAUUCUUCCAUCCAAACAGGACAUUUAACCAUGUACAGUAAUUUCUCCAUGGAAGAUUAUAGAUUGUAGACCAUGAUUAAUGGUUCCUGUAGUUUAAGUUCUUGAAGCUAUUAAAUGUUUUUAUUCACUAUUGCUUAGUGCAGGGUUAAGCAACAACAACAAACAAAACGACAAAUAAACAUCUCUCUAGUAUUGGUUUUGCUGUCUAAAGUUCAGCAGCAGUCUUUAAAUAUCCUAGGAUGGUGUGAUACUGAACUGUAACGAUGUCAAUCGGUUUACAUCAUCAGUAAGUUUAUGUAUGAGAGAUUUGGUCUUUUGUCCUACUCCAGUAAUCAUUGAUGUCCAUUAUGUGUUGGGAACUACCAUUAUCUCUGCCCUUGGAAGAAAGAUCCCGUUAGAACUGUCUUCAGCAGCUCAUGCUUGUCAUAGCGAUUGGUUAUGAGACUAGCUGACUUGGUUGCCAUGGUAUCCCAACUGAGUAGAUCAAUGCUCAUGUCAGUGGUGUGAUUGACUUGAUCAUUGAACAUUGCUGAGUGUUGUAUUAAACAACAAACUAUUGCUUGUAUGGUAAUGGUUGAAAUAGAGCUUUCCUGUCAAAUCAUCAAAUGAGUGCUAUGCUUUAAAAAUUCUCUAUCAAAA